AUGGCCUCUGCUUCGCAACCCAGGAGGAAAUAUCACGUCUUCUUGAGUUUCAGAGGCCCGGACAGCCGUGACAACAUCAUCAGUCAUCUCUACGAUGCUCUAGAUGGGAGAGGAAUAUACACAUAUAUCGACAUCCAGGAACUCAAGAAAGGAGAGCGGAUAUCAGAUGGGCUUAUGAAUGCGAUCGAGGAGUCACGCAUCGCACUCAUCGUUUUCUCCGAGCAAUACGCCACUUCGUCAUGGUGUCUAAAAGAGGUAGCCAAGAUCAUGGAGUGCAGGAAGACCAACGGCCUCUUGGUUCUGCCUGUGUUUUUCAAAGUGGACCCCAGAGAAGUAAGAGGAGGAAGAGAGAGUUACAAAAAUGCUUUCGAUGCAUACAAAAACAAGUGCAAGAGCGGUAAGGCCGUAGGCUUCGAUUUGAAGGAUGUGGAGAAAUGGGAGAAAGCUCUUUUCCACGCUGGAGGUUUGUCAGGGUGGGUUUACAAUAAGGGGGUCAUCGUGGAGUCCAAGACGGGGACCCUCAUCCAAUUAGAAAGCGGGGAGGACGAGUGGGUUUUCUGA